GCAGUGUCCACUGCUGAUAAGCUAUUCAAGCUGUCACAGGUUUCCUCUGUCCCCAAUUGUGCUUUGUGAAAUGCACUGCAGUUUGGGUACCCGUCCUACAAAUUUGUGGUAGGGGCCUCAGAAAUGGUGAAGUUGGGCAGAUUUCAAGGAGUCCUAAGUAUAUUGUGGGGAAAGUGAUGGGUAGGUUCUUUGAUCAGCAUUAACUACAAUGCCAGUAAACCUUUAACUUAGCUGCCAUUAAUUCAGCCUGACUGAAAUAGCAUUUAGAGUUAAUGAAACUAGUUUUAACAGGAUCUGCAAUGCUUUCUGUGUGUGAACGUGUGACAUUUUACAAGUGCAUUGCAAAGACUAAAUUGAUUCUUAGAAGAAUACAUUUCUCUAGUCCAGACAGGACCUAAUAGAUCUUUUUCCUAGAUAGCAGACUUAACUUUUUCCUAAUUUUCUCUCUUGAUUAAAAUCCUGAAUGGGGGGAGGUUUCUACUAAAUGUCUGCUCAAAACAAGCUUAGAGAAAAUGGAAUGUCAGCCUUAAAAAUGUCACUUUAAUAAGGUUUGACAGGAUAAGGUCCUAGAAGUCUCCUAAUGAUAUAUAUGCAAGUAUGGAGUAUGUAUGCUUGCUGUAUUUGGAAUCAGUGUGUGCAGGAAUGUGUUUUCCAAAAAUAUUGAUGACACUGUGCUAGGGAGACUGCUAGGAAUAAAGAGCACUGGCAAAGAAAAAGGACUGGCAAACCUAAGAUACAGAGGUAGAUGAAAGGGAACUGAAUAUUCCAUACAGACAGUAAAAAUGAGGUAUCAGGCUGUUGGGGCAAAGAGGUAGAUCCCCUAUAGUUCUCAUUAAAAAACUGCCUAUUAAUACUCAGAUUUCAUAAGGGAAAUGGUACAAUUCUAAGGGAUAUUAUAUGCUUUUAGGUGUGAAAAUGGAAACAAUUUCCUUUGUGUCUCUGUGUAUGUGCACAAGCACUUGUAUUAUUCUAACAUUUUUUUCAUAGUGCUGACUCUGUUUUUAGCACAGAACAUACUCUAGUUUUGGUAAGUUAAUUUUUGUCUAUCCAUAAAAUUCUGCUGACUUCUCUUUUGUGUCUAAAUACUUGACUGAUUAUUGAAUCCCAUGCAUUUAUGUGUACUUUGGAAGUCUUAUUUAACAAUUAGUGUCUGAAAAAUUAAGGAAAGGCACAUGUCAUGCAUGUGCCACAUAUUUAAAUCACACUUUGAAAAAGCCAUCUGUUCAGCACUUCAUUUUUAGGGAGUUCUCUGCUCUGCAGGGAAAUGUAUCAUUAAUAAGAGUUCAAAACUAACUUAGUUACCUAUUAGGCGUAGUUUAAUUUUAUUUAUGUAUGUGUGUUUGUGUGUCUGUAUUACCACAUGUCUACAUUUCCAAACCAGUGACAAUUUAACCUAAACUUCUGAGGGUGACAGUUUGCAGCUAGUAAGCAAGUUAUAGAGUCUGGACAAAGACAAUAGAGCUUCACAUUGAACUGUGGGCAGUACCCACUCGUAAAACUCAAAAUUUUUAUUUGUGAUUGUUUUUCUGCUCUUAUAUAAUGGGGUAAAAAUUUUUUGGAAUAAGUUAUAACCACUUAUGUGUUUUAAUAAUACAAGGUUUUGCAAUAUUGUCCAACUCUUGUUGAAUUUAUUUUUUAUUUUCUUGGUUCAGAGCAGGGACAUUACAGUUAUACUUUGUUUAUCUGAAACUGUUAUCUAAAACAAUAUUAUGGCAACCAAUUAUUCUGUGUUUAAUGUUGGUGGGCAAAUUCCCUAGACCAUCUAAGCUUGUUUAAUAUCCCCUUGCAGUGUUUGGACAAUGGACCGAUGUUAUUAGAAACUAUGAAUCAAAGUUAAAUUGAGGGUAUGAAUCAUGUUUAAACUGUGGAACAAAAUCAUGACAAUGUGAAAGUGCAAGUAAGUAAAAGAAACCAUAGGAUAAAAUAAUUGCAGCUUCUUGCUUGGAGUAGGUACGGAGUUGUUAAAUCCUUCCUGAUGGAUUUGCAGCUUGCACAGAUGAUGCUUGCCCUGCACUGCAAUUGCACUGUGUUAAUGUGACUCUGUUCUGAAAGCACCUGUUCUGCAGCCUGGCCAUUGGCUGAACCAGUGUGGGGGUCCUCUGCUUCUCCCUCACAUCUGAAGGAGGGGUGGAGAAUACUGCAAAUGGUCAAGGUGUUCCUACCUGCAGCUGGCCUGCCUGAGCGGUCUGUGCUGUGGUCCCUUCUGCUAGCUUAUGGUGCUGCCAUUCCUACCAGGACACACUUGAGGAUGAGGGGUUUGCAGGAGAAGCAGUCACUUCUGUUUUUUAGAUCAAGAGGCAAAAAGGAUUGAAUAAAAUUAAAUUACUUUUAUGCUACUAAGACUUCUGUGAAUUUGAUCAGUGAAGCUUGGGUUAGAAGAACAGAAAUAAUUAUUCCUUGCUCUUAGAAAUUUCUGUGUUUGCUUUUUUUCCAAGUUGGGGUAGGUGAUGUGGAAGCAUUUCUGUAUGAGCCCAAAUUUUGCUUUUCCUGAUACGCGCUUUCUUUGUUUUCUACAACUGUGGAAUAUUUUUGUUUUCUGUUGGCUACUAGUAAGUUGUGUCUUUGUUCCUGCUCCUACUAGAGUAUUUUUAGUGUCCCACUGUCAUCUUUGAGGAGGUGUUUUGGUAAGAGUUGGUUUGAGGUUAUUUAAUGUGAAAACAUGUGCAUCUUUGAAUAGCAUGGGUAUGUGUUCAAAUACUUAGUUAGCAGUCCCAGAGCAGCAGGAUAUAUGAAAUUCUAGUAUCCUCUUGGAUGUAUCUAUCUCUGCAUCUUUGCAUCUUUGGGCAGUUAUGGAUGCCCAAAGUAGAUGCUUAUCGGUGUAAUGAGUUCUUUUCUGAACAGCACAGGCCAGGUCCAAAGAACUUAACAAUUCGUUGUAUCUGACUGCCACUGAACAGUGUGGGAAGUGUUUAAUGCAAAGCAUGGGAGUCUCUCUUGUGAAGUAUUAAAUCCAAGAAGUGCAAGGAAGAGCAAUGAGAAAUUUCAAAUAAGGAUGUUAAGUGUAACUCAAAGGCACACAUCUCUUAAAACAGUAAAACUUCUUUCCCACAGUCUGUGUGUUAAUGGAUUUUGUGAUUUUCAGUUGAGCUCUUGAUUCAUGUGUGCAGAACUCUAUGCAGAAUCCUUCCAGUAAUCCAUGCUGUUAUCACUGCAUUGGUUUUAAAAACAUUAGCUCUCUACAGCACUGAGCAACUGCAUGGUAAACAAGCCUUUUUACUUAUCCUUACCUUAGUCUUUAUGUGCAAACCUUAAUACCUUAUUCAUAUAAGGUCUGACCUUUCCUACAGUUGCAAACAAACCUCCAAAUAAACCUUGAAUUAUUAAACUACCCUUUAUGUAAAUGUAAUGCAGUUCUCAUAUUAUUUUAUAUUUCUCUAGUUUCCAUGUUUGUAUUACAGAAAUGCAUUCAAAUGUCAGGUCUGUCCUUCAUAAGGAAAAUAGGUUUAUCUUUUUCUAAUUAGGCAAAAAAUUCAGUCUAAGGUUUUUCUUCAACCAGAACUGAGAUCCUAUAAUAAACAUUAUAGGCAUAGAAGAGACUUCUAUUCACUUGUUAAUAGAUGUGUAGGGAUGUGUUUCAAGUCAUAUUACAGGACUACCAUAAUAAACAUUGGAGAUUAAUAUUAAUAAUUUAGAAGACGAACUAUGACAGAAAUUCAUAUUCUCGUAACUAUGUUGUUUAAUUGUGUGCAUGUGUGAACAAAAUAUUGUUGGGUUGCAGUGGUGUGUGUAUUUUUGUUUGAAUUCAGCAAUGAAUUGAAGCAAUUCAUGAUGGGAAGGUGAAACCAGCAGUCAUGGGCUGAGGAGCUGUUAUGCCAAACAUUACUUUGUCUUCCUUUAAAGGUGCCUUUUCUCUGGUAGUCAGCCUCAUGAAUUCCCAGUCUUGAAUUUCUGUGGAUCACAAAUGGAAUUUUGGGUUUUGUGAAAUGAAGGGUAGAAAUUGGUAAGUGGGAGUCAAUGUAUGAGGACAGACAGAUGUUCUGUCUUAAAAAGUAAACUUGCUGGAGUUUGUGGUUGGGGAAGAAGAGGAGCCACAUUUCAAGUUAGCAUUUUAGAUGUCCUUUAAAUGACAGUCUGUCAUUGCCAUUGCCAUGUCAUUGCCACUGUUUCUGUUAAAAAGUGCAAAAGUUUGGCUUGUAUGGUUUUUGGUGGUAUUUGAAAGAUUUCUAUGCCCUCUGGAAGAGUACUGCAUUUAGUUAUGGCUAUGGCACAUGCACAGAAAUAGAGAUGGCUUUGAUUUAUACUGCUUCAUUGCAUGCAUCUCCUUGUUUAAGUCAAGGUCCCCAAUUUAAGGAGCCAGCCAGUCUUCUAAACAUAAAGAAAAAAAGGGCAGGAGAAGAACUAUGGCUUAUAUUUCCCAGAUUGUCAUGACUUCUAUUAGAGGCUCUAGGAGUUAAAAUUUAUUUUAAAAGAACAUAUGACAGUUUGAGACAGGAUAUGUGAAGUACAGAUAUGUUAAUUACAGCUAAUGAGAAAUGUGAGAAGGAGCACGGGUAGUUGCUUGUUCACCUUAAUAUGCAGUAACAUGAGCCAAAAUACCCCAAGUGUGUGGGGGUUGUUAGUGAAACCAGCCUAGGAAUUUUACAGUAGGUUCUAGUGAGCUUUUUGCAUAUGUGGUGUUAAUAAGUUCAUUGUAGAUUUUUGAAGUGUUUGCUUUUUCAGUUAUACAUGGUUUUAGUAAAUUGUGUUGUAAGUCAUACAGAAUAUGUGGUAUUUCUGGAGUAAUGUUUGUAUUGAACUCUGUAUUUUUGCAUGCCGUGCUGCUUGUUUCUUUCUUCUUGUGAACCGUAAUGGUGGAUUAAAAUAUUUGCAUUUGUUUUGCCUUAGAUUUUGAUAUAUUUCAGUGAAUUUGACAACCUUUAUAUUAUUGUUAUAGGAGUCACCGAGAAGAUAUUCAGUGAUCCUGAAAGAGACCACUUUAGUGUAUCUCUCAGAAAUGCUUGAGAAUAUAGAAGAAUUUCUGCUCUAAAACUAUAAUUCUAGCCUUGUCAUUAUUGCUUGUCUAGGCAAUAAUUCUAGGCUUGUCAUCCUAGAAAGGCACCUUCACACAUCUUUAAUUUCUGUAACUAGUUUUAAUAAUUUCCAUGGGACCAUCGUGAAAAUAGACCUUUUCUCAGCUAUGCCCUGGUUAUGCAGGUCAAACUGAUUUAUUUUUUGCUAUCACUUUAUUUUUGUGAUCUGGAUAAGCAUGCAUAAACAUGAAAUUAUGGAUAUUAAGCUGUACCUAGCAUUUUAUAUUCUUUCCCAUGAAACUUUCCUUUUUCAGAGGGCAAACCAUAAAAGCAACCUGAUGAAUACUAUACUUUCUGGGCAUGGCACUAUGCAGUCUACCUUGAGAGUGCACAAACUUUGGCAAUGCUAAGAACUGUUCAGCUUGUAACAGCACUGAGUAGAACGCUGCAUGAACUGGUAAACUAUGGUAUGUCUUAUGAAUUGCAAAAUUUUUGAGGAAGAAGGAUAGUAUUGUUGAGGACAUGGGAAAUUUCAGGUCAUUUUAGUACUUAGCAGUCAAAUCUAAAAAUAGCCUGAAGCUUGGAUUUGUAUGCAUCAUGGCUUUUUUCUUUCAGUGCUUAGAAAAUUAGGUUGUGUGUAUAUAUGUCUCUGUAUAAAUGUUUUAGGCUUCAUGAGAACAUACAGGGUUACUGAAAUGAAAUAAUGUAGUUGGAACUUUGUGGAAUGGUCAUCUUCUUUUGCAAUAUAAUUAGGAAAUGCAGUAGCUUCCAUUUUGUGUAUGCAAACAGGAAAUAUGUAUGUGGAGCCAAUGGGUAUAUAACUGUACUAAACUUUAUAUUUACUCAAACCUUUUGAUUGUAUUUGAAUCUUCUUCUAAUUUCUUUCUUGUAACUGAUUUACAUAAUGCUGCUGCUCACUUAAAAUCAGCUCAUUCUAAGGACUGAUAUAAUGUGUUGUGCUAAUCUAGGUCCUUUCGUUCUGGGAGAUCAGUGGCUUGCAAAUGCUCAUAAUUCUGUCCUCAUUCUGUGAGUUAAAAUGUAUUGCUGCCAUCUCAUCUUCAUAAAAAUGAAGAAAAUGAAGUAGAAAUUUGAGAAUUUGUUCAACAUAUUAAAGGAAGGAAGGUUGUAGUAGGACAAGGUUUAAAAUUUAGAUAUCUUUAUUCUGCCACUUGUGUUUUCCUUUGAUUUUUUUUUUUUUUUGGUCCUAAUUUCUGAGCAUGCACAGUAAAACUCUGGGAGAAAACUUUUGCUUCACUGAAGGCAGAAGGACUAAGACAUCACUCAAAGACACGUGAAGAUGAGUUCUACUGCCAAUUAGGACAGCCUGCAGUAGUCUGUAAAAACACCCUUUUGCUCACUAAAAAGGGGAACUUCAGAUUCCCCAUUAAAUACUGUUUUUGAAGUCCCUUUCCUAAAGAUGUGGUAUUAAACCUACUUAUGUCAAACUGUGUCAUUUUGCUGCUUGCAAGAACCUAUCUGACAAUGGUUCUUGCAAGUUACUGCUGCUUUUGUCUUCCUAUAUUUUCAUUUCAGAUUCAGCCUUAAUCUUCUCCUGGAACAUUUAGGCAUUUUCCAUUUGUCUGCACAUGGACAUUAAUUCCUUAGACAGCUUUAGGGUUUCUACAAAAUCAAGUGGUGUAAAUUGAAACAGUGCCUUUUGCCAUUUCCAUGUUAAGUAUCUGUUUGGAUGUGUGGCUGCUGAUAUUUUAUCUUGUUCUUGAACAAUUUUAUAUUGCAAACUUAAUUUAUUGUCUAGUGGAGAUACACUGAGUGCAAUAUGGUAUGUCACCUUUGGCAACAUGGUCCUUGAGUAGGUGGAGGGAUUUAUCUUAAUACUUGUAUGUUGAAGCUUUCCUUUUCCAGGAGGAGUCAUUUUAAAACACAAAGGAACUCGACUGACAGCUUUUCUGGUUCUGUCUAAAGAUCCUUGAUAACUUAAAUUAAGUUACUGCAGAGUGUCCAUGAGCAACCCUUCCUUUAGUUUUAAUCAUUGCAUUUUUGUUCCCUUUGUUAAGAGGGUUUUUUUGUUGAUUGGUGGUAAUCUGUAUAAGGAAACUUCUCUGGAACAAUACACCCAUCUUCAAAAUAUUUGGAGUAUGCUUUUGUAACUUUUCUUUGUAUGUACAAUUUUUGUAUCCUUGCAAUGAUGAGGAAAUAUUGCUUCCUUCCCUCCUGCACAGGGAAGAAAAGAAAAGGCUUGCAUACCUGUGGAGAGGUUUGUGUAUGUACCAAACUGUGCCAGCCUGCAUGGUUGGUGGGAGGUGCAGAGAUUUCUGUUCUAGCUGGAAUUAUGUAGUGGGAGAAUUGGUCAAGUGAAUAAUGGUAGAGUGUUUUUCCUUACUUACCUCUCAGAGGGGAACUGCCACUGGCAGACAGACAUGCAGCCUGGUGAGAUCCACACCUAACAGAAGAACCUAACCUUUGGGAAUCUAAUGGAACACUUUUAAAAUGCAGAAUCUUCAGUUUGGCAGAUGGAGAGAUGUAGUGGUUUUGAGUACACUGAAAGUGGUAGCAGUUGAUUUAAAACAUUCUGGUGCAUCUGUUUGGAAGGAUUGCAGAAAGGCACAAAGACAAAGGGAACAGGAAGCGGAGCGGGGUUUUCUGUUUCCAGAGUGAUGGUCCAGGAGUUGGUGUCUGUGGAAGGGUCAGUGCUGGGGACGCGCUCGCCUCGUUUUUCGGAGCCGAGCUGUGUCGCCGCUCCCUGUGGCCACCAGGUGGCAGCGUUGGACAGCGAGUGCCGUGUCCAGCAGCAGUACAGAGAAUGCCAAGAACUUUUGAGCCUCUAUCAGAAGUACCUGGCUGAGCAGCAAGAAAAACUAUCACACUCCCUUUCUGAACUCAGUUCUGCCAAGGAAAAGGAGCAGCAGAAGGUAUCCAGUAAGAAGAGCUUAUGCCAACAACCCUCUUUGGGGCUGGACAGUUCGUAUUUGGGUAUUGAGGGUCCUUGGACACUUCAUAAGAACAGUAGAGCACUGAAGGCUGGAAGUCCAGCCCAUGUUGUGUUGUCUCAGCCUUGCAGGAACAACCAUGAUUACAGGACUGAAAUACAUGACAACCAUCAGGACUGUCUGAAGGAGUGUCCAAUGGAAAAUGACUUGCACAGAAAGUGCAACAACAUGAUUUCCCCAGCCAAGCAGAGGAGCCCUCACCGUGUAAAGCAAGCUCAGGAGAUGGACCAGCGAUCAAGGGAAUUUCAGAGCACGUGCCCUCAGCGAGUGAGUCAUGGCUGUGCCUGGAGGCAUGUGGGGAUCUCAGGGAGCAUGGAAGAGAGCUGCUAUAUCAGCCAGGUACUUGGAAAACACUCUGGGACAGUUCACAAAACCUGUGAUCAUUCCAGGCCCUGUCGAGGUUCUGGGCUGAAUCACAGCACAGACCCAGGGCCUAAGGAAACAGAGCUGGCUAAAAGAUUAUACGAAGAAAGAAGGCAGAAGCUGCUUCUGCAAAAAAUGGAGCUGGAAAUUGAAAAGGAACGACUCCAACAUUUAUUGACUAAGCAAGAAGCAAAACUGCUCCUAAAACAGCAGCAACUACACCAAUCCCGGAUAAAUUAUAACAGGAUUAGAGGCCAUGUACCUGGCUCAGAAGAUGUGCCCAUUGCUGGAGCACCCAGAGAACUUGCUCUGAUGAUGAACGGCAGCAGCAUGGGGCUAAGUGUCCCAGAGUUGAAACAUGAAGAUUAUUUAUUGAGAACACCUCCAGUGAGCAAAAACUCCAGAGAACCUGGAAGCAGUCGUGGGAGCAGUUCAGGGAAGAAAAUGGUUGGCUUUGGUGCAAAUGUGGAUGAUGGGAAAAGCCCUCUAAUGCAGACCAAGAGGGAAGGCACCAAGUCCAGGAAAGGGACAACUUCAGGACCUAGGAAGGAUGCAGCCGUAUCUCCUGGGUUGAUGGGCGGCAGCAAAAUGCUUGCAACCACAGCCAUAUCACCGAUUCAGCUUGACCCUUCACGGUACGAAGCCUCUCUUCUUGACCUGGUAGAAGCUAUGAACCCAGUAUCAGCUCCGGGACACCUCUGCCAAGAACCCUGUGACAGGAACAGAAAGCAGACGCCCUGCUGUGCGAGCCACAGGCUGUCCUCUUGGUGCCAGACCCCCUGCAGCCCCAGGAGCAGAGCGGAUGAGCUGGAGGAGAGUCGCCUCCUCGAGGAGAUCUUCUUCAUUUGACAGAACUCCUUGGUCCACAGCUACUCUUAAAUUAUUUUAGUGAUCAUGGCUUGUUUUCCCUCUUCUAAAACAUAGUUAAUUAGCAUCCAGGUUCAUUUUGGGUUUAGUAAUCAUGAUGCAAGUAUAUUGUUGGGGUACACCAAUCAGAAAGUGUUAAUUUUUUUCCUAGACUUUUCAUGUGCCAAGUAAUCAAUUUAAAAUAACAUAUUUUUUUUAAUCUACAACAUUUUCUAAUAGAUUGAAGUCACACUUUUGCCAGCCUUAUAUCGGAAGUGUAUUUCAUUAUCGAUUUUUUGGGCUCUAAAGCAGUUUGCAAGAACUGCCUAACAUUCAAGAACCAGCAUGUUCAAAGUAGAUUAUUUUCUAAUUAAACAAGUCUAUUUAAAACCUGGCAUAUUAUAAAGGUACAAGCACUUUAGUACUUCUUCACUGAUUUUAUGAUCUCCUUUUUCCUUCAACAUUCUGAUAUUUAACACGCUGAGUUUUUAGGGGAUAUAUCGUAAGCUCAACUCUACAAUGUCUGAUAAUGUUAAUAGAUGAUGUUGCAGGUUGAUGUACUAGGCAAAGGUUUGAAUUAUAUUCCUCUUUAAAUCAGUGCUAUUUGACAGAGUUUAUGUGCUGGGUAACGUAACCCUGAAAUAGCAGAAUAGAGUCAGACAUUGUAGAGAUCCAAAACCUAUUUGAUCUACUUUUCAAGAUUAAAUGCUUAGUAGUGCUAGUAUAAGAGCAGUCUUAAGACAUUUUCACUAACUUGCACUAUUUUGGUCUUGCAUCCAGGCUUCACUGUAAAUAAGACAAAUCAGUAAUUAUUUCCACUAGCAGCUCACAAUGCACACUUUCCUGCCAGCUUUAAUUAUUCAUGCUGUAUCUAUUUCAGUUUAUUUAAAUGCAUUUCCAUCUACUGCAUGUACUUGGUUAUUUAAAGAAAUGUGCCGAAUUGGUAAAAAUGACUGCACAUUACAGGAUUAAUGGUCAUUUUCUCCACAAUGCAGUGUUCAUAUUUUAUUGUAACAGUAGCCACCGGCAUGUGUUCCUAGAAAUAUGAGACUAAAAUACUCAUUUUGCACAGUAAAAUUGCAGUGAGGGAAAGGUAGAAUCGAUCCAGUAAGGGCAAGUUCUAGGCCAUUUGCUCCUAAACAUGACUUCAUGGGCCAGUAGUGCUUUUCAGACAGUCUCUUUAGGCAACCCUGCUUAUCUUAAUGGCUGGGUUGAGUUCCUGUACCCAUGCUUGGGGUAUGACUGCUGCCUGUCUCCUCAUGCUGGUCCUGUGCAAUGUGUGAUGCUCUGCAAAGUGGAUCUCAGAUGAGAGCCCUGCAGCCCCUGGCAGCACCAUGCUCCAUCAGUGAAACAAAAGGAGAAUGAAGGGGAAGAAGAACCUCAGGUUACUCUGGGCUGCUUCAAUCAGGCCCAGUCUUAAUCAUAAAUUAGGUGAUAUCCCUUCUGUGCAUCCCAGCUGAAUUUUAAAAGCUGCUUGGAGGAGUUUAAAGGAGGAAAGCAACAUUGCUGGACCAGAAAAUUACUGCUGUGGAAAGUCCCUGCCUGGUCUGUCCUGCUUUUAGUGAAGUAUUACAGUUUUCUGGAAUAUGUCCAUCUGCUGUUUAAUGUCCCCCUUGUUCUACUCUCUGAGCCUGUGCAGGCCCAGUUUCCUGCUAAGAGCCCCAAAGAUGUAUUCCGUGCCCUAGCCCAGGUAGAGCAGGUGGGGACAUAAGUUUUCUUAUUCUCUUGGCUGAGUAGUCUGCUGCUUAAAGAGGGCAGGAAAAAGGAGGAAAAAGAAGAGAAAAAUGUACAGGGACCAGCAGGAAAUUUGGGGAUAACUGUCACAUAGAUCUUGGAGUUUGGGGUUGUUUCAUGGUGUUUUUUUAGCUUUGUUGGUGGUUUUUUUUUUUAAGUGUUGGCAUUUAUAGAGAAACAGUUCUCUGAUUUCAGUCCAAUUGCUUCUUGUCUCUUUUCCAGUUUGACUGAAACUUUAAUUGCUUUUUCUGAUAAAUGCUAACUGACCUUUCAAAACAGCAAAAAAUACAUGUCUAUUUCUUGAAAGGUGCCUUUGUGUUGAGAACACUUCGUGGGAGCAUUCUGUUCUUUGAUUCUUUUGUGGGUGCCAAUAUUUAACUGCUUUGGGAUUCCUUAUGAUGACUUAGUCCAUAAAAAAUUCUACUUCUGAAGGUGACUUUUGGCUUGAAUCUGUAUUUUUUGGUUGUAGCUCUUUUUAAAAGGACAUUGUCAGGGUUGUGGGCUCUAUGCUCAAGGUGCUGUCCAUCAGUCAGAUCUACUCAGGGGGCACACCUUUGUGAAGCAAAGUUUUCCAGUAAGAGAUGGUUGAAAUGGCUGAUGGGUGAAGAGCUGUAUGCUUUAACUCUCUAUGAGAUGUGGACAAAAGAAACAAAAGCUAUUAAUUUUGUAGACCUUGUGGAAAAUAAUUUUUUAUAAAGCUGGCUCGUGCUCUAGUUAUCAGCUGUAUAUUAGGAAUAGUGUUUAGCAGUCAGUGCAAGCAAAGAUAUUUUGCCAUGAGGCACUACAAAGUUGAAGUUAUUAAAACAUUUAUAGCCUUAGAAAAAAAAAAUCAAUGAUUGUCAAAUAGGAAAGGACAAAAUCAGUAGUUGGUACUGGGAGGGGAAUUGUUUUCCAUCUGCUAAAACAGUAGAGGAAAUGCAAAAAUUAAACUAGCAAAAGCAAUGAUGUGACAAUGUCCUUUUAAGUUUGAGCUUCAGGGAGCUGCUGCUGGGGAGUUGGUCCAGCAUAGACUUUGUUCAGAGCGUUCCCAGUGAAUAUCCUUCAGCUAUACAUCAGGCUGUGUCUUCCAUGAGGCUUUGUAAGUAACAUGAGUGCUGCUGAGGCUCCUACCCACACCUUCAGUUUGUGUCCUUCCCACAUGGUUCGUGCACACACAUUUGCUGGCUGUUUGUGUAGUUACUGCUUUUGUGCACCUUGCACAUCACAGAUGUAAUAAUCGCAUCCUUUUCAUUUCUAGCCUUUCCAGUCUUGCUGCUGAAUCCCAUCUUGAGCAUGUAUUUAUAUGUGUAUGUGAGGUCUUCAUCUAAUAAAUUAUAUGGGGUUUUAAUUUA